AUGGAACGCGGCAUUCUAGUACUGGAGGGGGUCGAGAGCUUGGGAAACGCGACGGAUAGUAUCGGGGAUAAUCAGGAGGCACACGCGGCCAUGGUUCGGGGGAUGGUCGACCAGCAGACGUCUCAGAUCAGGGACGCUGCUGAUGUUGGCGAGAAGGUGGACGCCGCCGCCGAAGGUCUUUUCCGCGAGCACUUUCCUUGGCUUCUUGACCUCUGGAUACAGGUCAAGUCCCUUGCCCCCACCCGUUUGUUUAACGCGACAUCGUGGGCUUUGCUGGUGGAUGUCCAAGCAAGAGUCAGCAAAGGAAAGGGGUCAACGAAGGAAGCGUCGAACUUCACCUUGGCCCGGUUCGCCAGUUGGGCGCCACGACUGAAGGCGUGGAUAAAUCAUGAGGAUAUCCAGAAGGUGGCACGGACGAGUGGUAGAAACACCAAACGAACCAGGAGCUCUACGGUGUUUUUGUGCGGAAGAAGAAGGAGGCGAACUUGA